ACCAUGGAAACAAGAGAGACAACGUCGAGAAUAGUUUUUAGUUUUUUAUAUUUACAGUGUUUAAAUGCGAAUGAUACUGUCUUCACAUUUUAGACUGGUAAUUUCAGACGCAUUGUUGUAGCAAUGGAAGAGAUUAAUGGACAGGAUAUCUGUGUUAUUCUCAGUCUUAAACAAGGACGUAACUUUGGUCAUUUAAAUGUGACACCAAGUGAAGGAAUUUUUAUUGAAGCCACCUUAAAUGGGGCAAUUUUGGAUACAGAUGUGGUUCAAAUAACUGAGAAGCCGAUCUUUGAUUCUGAAUUAAUGUGGGAAUUGGAUAAGAAAAUGCUGAAAAGAUUGCGAUCUGGAAGGGCUGCAAUCAAAGUUCAGUGCUUCGCAGUAAAUCACAUUCACAGAGGAAGGAAUCACAUUGGAAAUUUUGUCAUGUCUUUACGACAGGCACAUUUCGUUCCAUCUGGGAAAUCUUAUGCUGAUGUUGGUGAAUCUUGGUCAGAGUGGCACAAAUUACAUGGAGCAAAACCACCUUGUCCAGAACUUCUUUGUAGCCUUAGGGUUGAAGGAACACCAAAAAUGUUAGAAGAGGAUAUAAGGACCAAGAGCAGUCGACAGAAGCAACCAAAAACCCAGCCUUCCUAUCAGAACCCUAGUACUCAGUGGCAUUCAGACAAAGGUAUUAUCCAGAUUGGGUCAGAUGAAACAGCCACUGAUAAUUUCCUUCUCAUUGUCUAUGUGGGACAGGCAGUGAAUUUGGACUUGCUCCUCCCAGAAAACUACAAUGUUGAAACCGCUACAGAAAAUGAGCAAUUAUAUUUUCAUUAUAGCAUUAUGGAGUAUUCUAUUAACACAGCAAAGAUACCUAUGAGUGACAUGUACAAACCUGUUCCUUUAAAUGAAAAAAUGGUAGUAUCAUUAUGUUCAUCGAUGGAGAACUUGCAGAAGUGCUUUUCAACUUCAUCAAAAUUGAUAAUAAAACUAAUGAUUGGACAAGAUGAUAUUGGAUUCACAGAGAUGUCCAUGCAAGGUCUAGUACCAAAAACAAACACAACUGUUUUUUGCAGUCUUGAUAAGGACAAUUCUCUUAUGAUUGAGAGUCCAUGUUUCCUUAAAGGAUCUAAAACUGGUGAAGUGCCAACAUCGCCAAGUGGUAUGCAACCCUGUAUAAAUAUCAGAAUUAUGCUUAGGUAUCAAGGAAAGGAGCAGAAGGAUAUUGGCCAGGGUGAAGGUCAAUUUGAGGAUCUUCAGAAUGAACCAGCAAGAUUAAUUCGCAGUUCUAGCUACACAGUUCUUGAUACACCAACAGAGCGAAUAUACAGUGUGCCAUCUGUUGAUAUGGAAGACAGUGGUGGUAAUAAUACUGAACUAACAGUGGAUACAGAGACACAGCAUGGUGCUAAUGUGGAAGUAUGUGACAUUGUAAAACAAGGCACAAAUAAGAACAUUGACCAUAAGCUAGCUUCAGGAGAUGUAUCAGAAGUGGGGAACAUGUCACAAAGUUUGAAUGAGAGUAAACAAACUUCAGCACAGAAUAAAAUAUCUGCAUCUGCUAGUCAAUUUAUAUUACCUUGUUCAUGGACAAUUAGCAAAAAUUAUAAUUCAGAAUAUAUACUGCAUGAUAGUAGAACUAAAGAACCAGAAGGAAUUUAUGAUCCUUACCAUAUAUUCAAUUUGGAAAUCACAGUGCAGAGUGUUGCCUUCCAACGACUUAUAACACAAAAGAGAUGUUACUUCAGAUUUCAUCAUCCAAAGGCAGAGAAAAUCAGUAACCCUCAUCCAGAGAUUGCAAUUAAAGAGCCACACAAGGGCAUUCAGCUUCAAGACAUUAAAUGUAAAUUAACAUUUGUUUCAAACCCUAAAGAAAUAAAAAAUCUAUUGCUAGUAUGUCCUCCCAUGAUUAGUAUGUGCAACACCGUGGAAGGUCAGAGCAAACAGUUAGCUGUUGCUACAAUUAAUAUAGACCCUCUCUUGGAGAAGGAGAUGAAGCAGUGCCACUAUAAUACACCUUUAAUUGAUCUGAAAACAGUGGAACAAGUUGGCAUCCUUGGUAUCAGACUGUCUCUGGAUGAUCUUGGACCGAGACAGAGUGAAGACAAGGCUCUGCUUAGUGCAAAUGCAGAACAAAAAUUUGGAUCUGCUGCGUUUGAUGACCAUAUUGCCUUCAAAAUAGCAGAGGAGCUAGAAGAUUGGAAGGAGAGACAACAAGAACUUUUCAAAGCAAAGUUGAAGAAGAAAGAACAGGCCCAUCUCUCUGCAUUGACUGAAGAAUGGAAGAAGAAAUGUGUGGAAAUGGAGACAAAACUAAACCACAGCGUGGAAGAGUGUCAUAGGCUAGCACAAUCACUUAGUGAUACUACUGAUGAACUCCGUCUAAAAAUCUGUAAAAACGUGGAAAGAGAACAGGAAUUAAGUCGAUAUAAGGAGAUAACAGAACAAGAAUAUAAAUUGAAGGUUUUAGAGAUGAAAAAAUCAUUUAGAAGAACUGAAGAUGAUCUAUCUCUCAAGAUUAUAAAACUUGAAAGGGAGAAGGAAGGUCUGGAAGAGAAGAUUUUUAAAAUGGAGAAGGAAAACGCUCUACUGAGAGAAACAGUGACAGCUCAGGAAUGUGAUCUGGAAAAAAUUAAGUACACCUGUCUCACAAAGGACCAAACUUUAUCCUUGUUACAGGAGCUGAAAUCAAGUGAAGAGAAACUGGAAUCAGCCUUGAAGUCCAAAUCAUUUUUCAAAGAACAGUGGGCUAAUGCAGUAAGAGAAAUUAAUCAUAUAAAAAAUGAACAUCAACAGCAUGUUCAAAUUCAGAUUAAACAUAAUAAAGAAGAACUAAAGGAUAUCAGUUUGCAGAAUUUACUGGGUGAAAGCGAGAAGGAGAUGAAAGAAGAUCAGUCAGUAAUCCAGCAAUUACGAACAGAGAUGAACACAAUCAAGUCACAUGGUGGUCUGGGAGAUGCCUGUCAGCAAUACAGUGAAUUCCUUAAUCCACAUGUACCACCACAGCACUGUCCUUCUAACACUAUCUCAAUGCAUUCAAAAAAGCCCAGUUCAAAUACUAAUCUGAAUAGACCCAGCUCCUUGCAACAGGAGGGACAUGAAUUACAACUCAAAGCCCUGAUAGAAGAGCGAGAUGUGCUCUUGAACACAGGUACCUACUCACUUGAGGAUCCAGUAAUUGCGAAGUUGAACCAUGAAAUAAGAACUCUUCUAUCCAAUGGAAUAACAUGAAAACAGGAACUAAAUUUAUGUUCUUUGUAAACUAAGCAAGAAGAUUUGUUAGUUGACUGUAGGGAUGGCACAUUUACAUGCAUAGAAUAAUGGAAUAUUUUUA